AAUAAUGAAUUACUCAGUUCUCCUUAUCACCACACUUUAUGCAUUAACCACUAAUGCUUCACUGGCAUCUCUCAAGCUCCCAACGCACAUGGCUGAGAAAAUAAAACUCGUAGGAAGUCAAUGCAUUAAAGAAACUGGGGCUCCCGCCGACUCACUUACCAACGCCAUCCCCUGGAAUCUAGAUGAAAAUGAUAUCAACAAAAAGUUCUUGUUUUGUCUGUUUAAAGGAAAGAAUUUAAUAAACGACCAAGGUUACUUCGAUCAUGAACAAACUAUGGCAGUUUUCGCCGCCAGUGACAAAAAAGAUGAUAUAACUAAAGUGUUUAAAGAAUGUAAUGCGCUAAAAGCCAAAGAUCAAUAUGACACUGUAUACAAGAAAACAGAUUGUUUCUUUGGAAAAGCACCUAUAAGUUUGUCUUUGUAA